UUUCAUCACUCACCAGAUUCACCACCAUCCCCGUUCCCUACCCGGGCUGAAUCCAAAGCACGCACAGAAACCCUAGAUGCGUUAAACCCAUUCACAGUUCAAACCUCACACUCACUCUCUCACACACUCUCCACCAUGUCACAAAUGGCGAUCCUCCAUCGAUCUCGCUUCCUUCUCUCCAAACCCACCGCCAUCCGUACCAUCGCCACAUUCCCCUUCCUCUCUCAAGAACCCGAGCUCGCCGAACCCACCCCUAACCCCAACCCCGCCGCCUCCCCUCUCCCUCCCAAUCCCGCCUCCGGCAGCCCUCUUUACGGCGAGAAUUGGCGGAACCCCAAUCCACGCCCCUCCGCCUCCUCCAGCACCAUCGCCCCCCUCGGCUACACCGGCCGCACCACAUUGUCGGAAUCCUACGACUCCCUCGAGCUUCAGAACUUGUUCGGUGAAUACAUGGCGUCGCAGAAAUGGGAUGAGGUGAAGGAUCUGUUCGAGGCUUGGGUGAGGUCUCUCGACAAAAAUGGGAAGCCUAACAUGCCUGAUGUUAACCUCUACAAUCACUACCUCAGGGCCAACCUCAUGAUCGGAGCCUCCGCGGCUGAGUUGCUCGACAUCCUUGCUCAGAUGGAUGAUUUCAACGUCGUCCCUAAUACGGCAUCGUUUAACCUCGUCCUCAAGUCUAUGCGUCAAGCCGGUGAAACCUUUGCUGCUGAGAAACUUCUCGAACGGUUAGAUCAAGGCAACCGAUUUGCUUUGGAAUUGAUGGAGGCCAAAUAUUUUCGCUUUCUUAAGAUUGUGGGUGUUGGGUACAAAGCGAGGGCUGAAGCUGCAGGGCGGCUGUUGCUUCUCAAAUUGGGUUAUAGUCAUGAGGUGGAAUUAACUGUGCCUCCUGCAGUUCGUGUUUUCUGUUUCAAAAACAAUGUAGUUUGCUGCACUGGAAUAGACAAGCAAAGGGUGCACCAGUUUGCAGCUACUGUUCGGAACUGUAAGCCACCUGAAGUUUACAAAGGGAAGGGCAUAAUGUAUGUUGAUGAAGUUAUCAAGAAAAAACAAGGAAAGAAGUCUAAGUGAUCAUGUAAUCUCAGGUGAUUUCACCAAGUGUAGGACUCAGAUGUACAUUGGCUAGACUUCAUCUGCAGAAUUGUUCACUCUAGCCUAUGAACAAAUUCAGUGUUGGAAUUCUUGAGCUGAGCAUCAUGGAUAAUCAAGUACUUGCUUUAAAAUAAUAUUCAUUAUCUUGCUCCAAUAUGAUUGACAUGUAUCGUUUAGAGUUUAAUGAAAAUGUUAUUUUAGGGUAUAUGCCCUUUAUCUGGAAA